AGAAUCAUAAUUAGUGAUUUUUAUAUUUUGCUUGAUUCAUCCAAGUAUUACUCCAAACGAACAUUUGAUGCAGCUUUUUUCCUGUUUGUUAUGUUGAUGCCAAUGUUUGUUUGUUGUUGUGUUUGUUGUUUGUGUUAUUGAUAAUGAUCCAUAGGAUCGGGAAUAAUAUUUUUCAAAUAAAAAACUUUCCUCCUUUAUUUCGCAACAUUUUUUUAUAAUUGACAUCGAACAUCAUCAUAAUAAUUCAUCAGUUUUGACGUUAGCCGACGACAAUCAACAAUCGCCAAACAAUCGACCAAACCCUUGAGCUAAGAACAAAGAUUUUUUUUAGUUAUUUGUGGCUCUAUUUCUAUUUGCGGAAGACAAAAAUUAUAACUGACGAUCGAUUGAUAAUCUAAACCUGAAAAACUUUACGAAUUUCGUUUACUUGAAGCAGCUGUAAUUAAGGAAUUUUCAUUGUCAUCUUCAACAUCAUUAUUUUAAUUCUUUAUAGUUUGGAUCAACAUUAUUGAAAUUUCUUCGUGUUUGUUCAAAACAAACAUAAAAUUUUUUAUCAUACACUACUCGUUUAACUAAUAACAAAUAGGUAAACAUAAAAAUGGCCACCCAAGCGGUGAAUAAUCAUCAUAAUGAGGAAUUCGAUCCUGAUGAUCCAGAAACUCAACGUGAAAUGAUGCGUCCACCGGAUAUUGAACAAGAUAUGAAGGAAAUGGAUCGUCGUCGUCGUGUUGAUGUCAUAUUAAAUAGCCAGGUGUUCCGUGAAGAAUUGGAACGUAUAAUCGAGUCACAAUUAAAUGAUGGUUAUUUACCUGCAUCAUUAUCGGCCUUGCAACAGGUGACUGAAUUAUUGAUGCCUGGUACCAGUAGUCGUGCAUCGCGUUUGGGACAUUCUGGACCGCCAAUCAAUGAUAUCCGUGGCGUUGAUGGGCUCAAAUAUGCUAAGGGAGAAAAAUUACUUCGCUGUAAAUUGGCAUCUGUUUAUCGUUUGGUCGAUCUUUAUGGAUGGUCGAUGAGCAUUUACAAUCACAUCACGGUUAGAGUCAGUCGAGAACAGGAACAUUUCUUAUUAAAUCCAUUCGGAUUGCAAUAUGACGAAGUGACUGCUUCAUCUUUGAUAAAAGUCGAUCUACAAGGCAACGUUGUCGAUCCUGGUUCAACGAAUUUUACAUUCAACAAAGCUGGUUAUGUAUUACAUUCGGCCAUUCAUGCAGCUCGUCCAGACAUUAAUGCCGUCAUACAUCUUCAUUAUGGUCCUUGUGUCGCUGUAUCGGCCAUGAAACAAGGUCUGAUGCUUUGUUGUCAAGAAUCUUGUGUUCUAGGUCAUAUUAGCUACCAUGAUUAUCGUGGCCUAUUGGUAAAUCCAGAGGAAAGAGCCGAUAUUGUUCGAAAUCUGGGACCAAGUAACAAGGUUUUGAUACUACGAAAUCAUGGCGUUGUUACUUGUGGUGAAUCAUUAGAGGAGGCAUUCUUCCUUAUGUAUAAUCUUGUAUUGGCUUGUGAGACACAAAUUCGUCUCGCACAGGUGGGAAUGGAGAACAUUCAAUUACUGCCACAAGAAACAUUUGAAGAGGUGCAAAAAGUUCUUCGUGAUGAUGCUGGCGCCUCUGUACAAGGUCUUGACUCAAAAGAUGAUAAACAUAAGCCCAAAAAAUGGAAAAUCUGGGAUCUGGAAUUCGAAGCACGGAUGCGUAUGUUAGACAAUGCGGGAUUCCGUACUGGCUACAUAUAUCGUCAGCCUUUAUUGCGUGCCGAAUCAUCACGACCACGUUCAGAUGUUGAAGUACCACCGGCUGUCACAUCACACGCUGGCCAAUAUGAAGAGGAUAAAUGGCUUAGCCCGUUACGAAAAUUGGUACAGGGAAAACGUACACAGGAUAAAUUGAAUUGGGUUAAUUCUCCAAAUAGCUAUCAAAAAGUCGAGGUGCUUGAAUCGGGAACAAUGGAUCCAAAAAAGAUAACCAAGUGGGUACAAGAUGGUGUAUCUCCCAAUCAUAGCACUCCGGUCAAAAUUGAAAGUCAUAAUCAAUUUGUUGGUGUUAAUGGAGGCGAUCCGGGAGAAUUCAAACGAAAACAGAAAGAGAUGAAAGAGGUUCGAAUGAAAAAUACUAUUUCCAGUGGACCACAAAGUUUAAUCUUAGAAGGAGCUAAUUGGGAUGAUGCAAGACGUGCUGCACAACAGGAUAAUAUUGAUGGUGGCCGUGUGUAUUUGGGUGCCGCAUCCAAAGGAAUUAUUCAACGAGAUUUCCAACAUAAUGCUACUGUUUAUCGAAGCGCAUACGCUAAAAAUCCAUUUGAUGGUGUCACCGAAGAAGAAUUAAUUGAAUAUCGUAAACUUAUUGAACGUAAACAACGUGGUGAAAAUGUUGAUAUUCCAGAUAAAAUGAAACAUUUAAUGAUUGAACCAAUGUCUUUUAAUCAACAAGAUUCACAAGACAUUGCUAGUCCUACAUCACCGACAUCACCUCUUUCCGAUGAAGAAGAUCUGACUGAUGGUAGAGGAGUACAUAGAUCACAUUCAGCUAGAUUAGCUCUUAAAGCAACAUACACAGAAGCAGAUUAUUCUGAACCAAGUCAAAGUCAAAAAGCCACCGAAGAUAAAUUGUUUGCUAGAGGACGAUUUAGGUCCGAACGAAAACCACAAAGAUCACAAUCAAAUGUUAAUGGCGAUGAUAAACAUGGUACAAUUGAACGUGGAGCUAGUGGUGCUGAUACCUUAUCUAGAGAGGGUUCACCAAUGAAAGAGGAAAAGAAAAAGAAGAAAAAAGGACAUUCAUUGUCAUUCUUUUCCAAACGUAAAUCGAAAAAGGAUAAAGAAGAACAACAUGCAAUGACUUUGAAUUAAUUUCUAAACUACGUUUCGUUCGAUACAUCCAUCCAUCCAUUGUUAAGGCGCUUUUUGAUUUUUAUUAAAUUUUUUCAUCUCGGUGACAGAAAAAAAACAAAUGUAAAUCAAUUGAAUCAAAUUUCGAACGAUUACUCAAUCUCAUACGAAUAACGGAUUUGCCUCUCUUUUACUAUACACUCAAACAAAACAAAAGACAAAUACAUCACACAAAAAUCAUAAUAAUUAUCAUCAACAACAAAUGAAUCUGCCACUCUCUAUCACCAACCAAUAUUUUCUACAAAAAAUUUGAACGAAAUUCGACAAACAAAAAAUUUAUUCAUUACCAUUCGAUCAUCUGCCUCAUAUUUUAAAUCAUUGAUCAGUUUUUACACAGAUACUAAACAAAAAGAGCUCUCAAUAUUAUUGACGAAAAUUAACUCGAAUAUUUGAUUACAUGAUAUAAAACACACACGAAACAUUGGACCGCUUUCUUCUCGGAACACGCAACUAUAAUUUUAAAAGCUCGUACGAUGCAGCUAUGAUGAUAA